AUGGAUGUGGCUAAAGCUGCUGACAUGAGUAGAGAGAGGCUGGUAGUGGAGGUGCACUUCCCCUGUUCUACCAACAGAGGGUGCUUUCCUCUGCAGAGCUGCUGUCCACUGUCAGAACUGAUUGACCCCUGGGUCACAGUGACCGUAUAUAACCAACAGAACCACUCUGACUACAAGAGGCGUACUGGUUGGGCCCAGGAGGUGGUGUUCAGGGCUGAGUUCUCAGACCUGGUCCCAGGACAGGACUACUGUGCCUUGGCUAACUUCUCCUUUGGACCCCCCACCUUCCCCCUGGCCUCCUCUCCCCCCUCCCACCCACACUGUGUCCACCAGGCUGCCCCAGGACCAGGGUUGCAGCCAGUGUUGUUGGGGAUAGGAGUGUGUGCUGUGCUCUUCUCUUCUCUCCUUGCUCUGGCUCUGUAUCGGCUGAAACAGAAACGAGAUGCACCUCGCAUUAACAGACUCCCCAAGACUCUAGCAACUCUCCAGGCAUCCCUCCAGCACCCCCCAGAGUCCUCUUCAGACCCUGUUGACCCCAGUGACAUCCAUGUGGAGGUUGUGGACGACCACCUCUCCAUCAUGUCUUCCUUGUCCGGCUCUGUCUUCACCAACGCCCAGGCCCCAAGCUUGGGUGACGGGUACAGCAGCAAACCCUUCCCCGGUGACUACAGGUCAGGCAACAUGAACUGGCACACUGGGGAAGACGCUGAGCUGGGCCUGAACUCUGGCAGCACCCUGUCCCUGCCAUGCUCCACUGUGCCUAUAGGGCUACAUAUGACCCAGUGCAACUUCGAUUCACCUCUACGACCACAUCCAGGGCCCACGGUGCCAACACUACCCUACCUUGAUUCUCUUUCUCUGUCAGAGGCUGGGGAGGGCCAGGGGGUCCCUCUGUGCUCAGUGAGGUUUGGGGGGGCGAGUGAAGGGGGUGAGAACCUGGAGGGACUACAGUGGUGUAACCGGUCGCAUGUUGAACUGCAGUACCCAUAAUGCUCUGUACAACAUAUUCUGAUGAACUCCACAGUGCAGUUGAUUUUGGAGGAGAUGAGAUGGGACAGAACUGGACCCAAUGAAAAGUAAUGGUGGUCCUAUGUAGCUCCGCUGUUAAAAAGCAAUGGCACUAUCAAACGGCAGGGUUGUGGAUUAGAUUCUGCACUCACUGUAGUGUAGGUCGCUAUGGAUACAAGUUGAACGUCUGCUGAGUGGCAUUGGUAACCUGGUUCUGCUUUAUAUAGCUGUCGAAGGCGACAUGGCUGGGAACUGAAGCGCCAAGCUCAGUUUGAACAACAACACUGACAACCACAGCUUUGUUUUACACCGUUUGUUUCGUAGGGUUCACAAUAUGGACCACUUCUGUCAUCCGCAGAGCCGGGGUGAUGACAGAUUGAUGAACAAAUCAAUAGGGCUCCUGUUGGAGCGAGCAGAGCCUCUGAUUCACAGGUACAGCUGAGUCUUUGGGAGGGUUUGCUUGAGGGGUGCUGAGAGUAGUGUGUCAAGUUCAAAAACGUUAUUGUCCAUGUUUGUUUAAAAUGGGAAUUUAUCUUUGGCUUACGGGCAUACAUUUUCAGUUACAGCCGGG